AACGAAAGCCUUUUGUCAAGGAGUAGCAGCCUCUGUUGUCUGUAAUUACCACUGACGCGGAGAAGCUGCAUUGCUGGUGGAAUUCCAGGCAGCUCUGACAAGUGUGGGGCUGCAGGAUGGGAAGAAAACAUUGCUCUGCAGAUUAGCUGGGUGCAUUUAUUAAGCAGACACCCAAAGGAAAAGACAACAAAGCAAAACAACAGUGGAAGACCAGGGAUGGAUAAGAUGCUGUGCCGGAGCUUUCAUCCAGAUGUUUGAAAUCCUGUAGAUGAGGUCGGCGUCCCUGAGAGCAAAGCAGGGUGCACGGGCCGAGCACUGAGAAGCAGCAGCCUGGGAUAAGGCUGGUCCAGCCUCCCGGCUUCCAGAAACGAAUUAUAAGCCCACCAAGACAAUGAGUGAAGAGACUGUCCCCGAGGCUGCGUCGCCGCCGCCCCCGCAGGGGCAGCAGUAUUUGGACCGCUUUUCUGAGGACGACCCUGAGUACCUGCGCCUCCGCAGCCGCGCGGCGGACCUGCGGCAGGACUUCAACCUGAUGGAGCAGAAGAAGCGCGUCACCAUGAUCCUGGAGAGCCCCUCUUUCAGGGAAGAACUGGAAGGCCUCAUCCAGGAGCAGAUGAAGAAGGGGAACAACUCCUCCAACAUCUGGGCCCUGCGGCAGAUCGCGGACUUCAUGGCCAGCACCUCCCACGCAGUCUUCCCAGCAUCUUCCAUGAACUUCUCCAUGAUGACGCCCAUCAAUGACCUCCACACAGCUGACCCCUUGAACCUGGCCAAGGGGGAGCGGCUCAUGCGGUGCAAGAUCAGCAGCGUGUACCGUCUCCUAGACCUCUAUGGCUGGGCCCAGCUGAGCGACACCUAUGUCACGCUGAGAGUCAGCAAGGAGCAGGAUCACUUCCUGAUUAGCCCUAAGGGAGUUUCUUGCAGUGAAGUCACUGCAUCCAGCCUGAUCAAGGUGAACAUCCUGGGAGAGGUGGUGGAGAAGGGCAGCAGCUGCUUCCCAGUGGAUACCACAGGCUUCUGUCUACACUCAGCGAUCUACGCUGCCAGACCUGAUGUGCGCUGCAUCAUCCACCUGCACACGCCAGCCACGGCAGCCGUGUCAGCCAUGAAGUGUGGCCUCCUGCCUGUCUCCCACAAUGCCCUGCUGGUGGGGGACAUGGCCUAUUAUGACUUCAAUGGUGGGAUGGAGCAGGAAGCAGAUCGAAUCAGCCUGCAGAAGUGCCUUGGACCUACCUGCAAGAUCCUGGUGCUAAGAAAUCAUGGAGUGGUUGCUCUAGGUGACACCGUGGAGGAGGCGUUUUAUAAGGUCUUCCACCUGCAGGCUGCGUGUGAGAUACAGGUCUCUGCCCUGUCCGGUGCUGGGGGAGCGGAGAACCUCAUCCUCCUGGAGCAGGAGAAGCACCGACCCCAUGAAGUGGGCUCCGUGCAGUGGGCAGGGAGCACCUUUGGGCCUAUGCAGAAGAGCCGGCUAGGGGAGCACGAGUUUGAGGCCCUCAUGAGGAUGCUGGACAACUUGGGUUACAGAACAGGCUACACGUACCGCUACCCCUUUGUUCAAGAGAAAACCAAACACAAAAGUGAGGUGGAAAUCCCAGCCACCGUCACAGCCUUCGUGUUUGAGGAGGACGGCGCCCCGGUGCCCGCCCUGCGGCAGCAUGCCCAGAAGCAGCAGAAGGAGAAGACCCGUUGGCUCAACACGCCCAACACCUACCUGCGGGUCAAUGUGGCUGAUGAAGUUCAGAGGAGCAUGGGCAGCCCCCGGCCCAAGACCACAUGGAUGAAGGCUGAUGAGGUGGAGAAAUCCAGCAGUGGCAUGCCAAUACGGAUUGAAAACCCAAACCAAUUUGUGCCUCUCUAUACUGAUCCCCAAGAAGUGCUGGACAUUCGGAAUAAGAUUCGAGAACAAAACCGACAAGACGUGAAGUCGGCAGGGCCUCAGUCCCAGCUCCUGGCGAGUGUCAUCGCUGAGAAGAGUCGAAGCCCGUCUACAGAGAGCCAGCUGAUGUCCAAGGGCGAUGCAGAUACCAAAGACGACUCAGAGGAGACCGUGCCCAACCCCUUCAGCCAACUCACUGACCAGGAGCUGGAGGAAUACAAGAAGGAGGUGGAGAGGAAGAAACUAGAACUUGACGGAGAGAAAGAAACCACUGCAGAGGAGCCUGGCUCACCUGUAAGGUCUGCACCAGCUUCUCCAGCGCAGAGUCCAGCGAAGUCAGAGACAAAGAGCCCUGCGGUCUCUCCCUCCAAGUCUUUAGACGAAGGUGCUAAGAAGACAGAAACAAGCAAAGCCACCACAGAGCCUGAAACAACACAGCCAGAAGGAGUGGUGGUCAACGGGAGGGAGGACGAGCAGACCGCAGAGGAAAUUCUCAGCAAAGGCUUGAGCCAGAUGACCACCAAUGCCGACACGGAUGUUGAUACCUCUAAGGACAAAACCGAGUCGGUCACCAGCGGCCCCAUGUCCCCAGAGGGCUCACCUUCCAAGUCUCCCUCCAAAAAGAAGAAGAAAUUCCGAACCCCAUCCUUCCUGAAAAAGAGCAAAAAGAAGGAGAAAGUGGAGUCCUGAUUGGUAGCACCCUUGGGCUCCCAUCUGCACCCUCUCCCUCCACCCCUUCCCUUCUCCCAUCUCUGUCCCUGGAAGCACAGGGCCAAAGAGGGAUAGAAUAGGACCCUGGAUCACACUCUGAGGAGGAACUUAGAGAUUACCCAACCAACCCCUCAUUUUACAAUUGCCCCAGAGAAAUCAGGUGACUUUCCCAAGGUCACACAGCUAGUUAGUGGCAGAGCCUGCACUAGAAUUGGGGUCUUCUGGCCCCUAGUCCAGUGCUCUUUCCACUACAUAACACUGCCUAGUUGUGGGCCACCUCUGUGAAGAUGCUGUCCACCAAUCUGAGCCCAGGGCAGAAGGCCCAAGUGGGCUGCAAGCCCUCACAAUCUCAGAUCAAAUCAGACAGGUUGAGACUUCCCCUGAGCAAGGUCCUUUUCCUUGCAGGAAUCCAGUCUCCUGCUAAUGGAGCUGUCACAGUUUAGAAAUCUCUCUUUUCCGUAGGGUCCCUGCCCUGCUGCUCUCAGUAACCAGACAAAUUGCCCUGUCCCCUACACCAGAAGUUUAUCUUUGUUCCCAAGGUCUGAUGGCUUAGCUUGUGCUUCCCCAACCACUAACCCUGAGCUUUCUUCAUGGAACCUCCUGAAUGAUGGAUGGAUGAAGAAUUGUAAGAGUGGGCAGACAGAAGGGCAAGCUGAGUCAGCCACAGGAUUGGGAAUUAUUUAAUCAAUAUAAGAAGCCAGGAACUUGGCCCAUUUGAAUUGUGCAUCUCAGGCGCUUCAAAACUAAAACCAAAUUUAGCUUAGAGAAAAGUUGUCUCAUGCUCAGGGCAGAAAUUUGGGGAAAUUUAGAUCCUCUGUUGGCUUUGGGUUGUACAAGGAGGAUCAAAACAACACAGGAAAUGCUAUGCCUUUCUAGCUUUGCAUGAUACAUGGAGCAAUGUGGCUGUACCCGUUUCUCUCCUAUCCGGCAGUCAGGUGUCCCCUGACCUUCCUUCAAACCUGGAAGCACUGGCUCACAGACUGGAACUGGCAUCUUAUUCUUGGCACCUUGACCUUGGCUCCUUUGGGUUCUGACUCAGUCACUCUGGGUCCAGCAGAGGAGAAUGAGAUGAGCCCUUGAGGAUUCAUUCCUUGGAUCAGCUAUCAGAAAAAUCAGCUUGAGUGUCCUUGCCCUGUCACUAUCUGUCCAUCCUGGGGCCUAGUGAGAGCUACAGCUGCUGUUGUAAAUGCCAGCACUAUCUUUUCAUAUUCUUCCACGGGACAUCGAAUAAUGAGCAUUGUUGGCUCCUAAAAAAUAGACAAUCCAUUCUCUUUAUAGCACAGUGUCUUCAAAGAGUAUUUUUCCUUUUUGUCCUGAUUAUUGUGAAAGUACUUUUGAAAGUUCUUAAUCACAGUUUUCCACUUUUGAGCACUUACUUUCUAUAUAUAGACACCGUGCAGGCUUUCCAUGCGUUACACCCUUUGACUGUCACGAUAAUCCUGUGAUGUGGGUAAGAUAUUCCCAUUUUACCAGUAAGAAAACUGAGCCCCAAAAGGACAAUUGACUUACUCCAGGUGACUUGGCUAGAAAGAUCCAGAGCCUGGAUUUGACCCCUGGGUCAGUCUGAGUCCAGAGCCUUUGUUCUUAACAGUUACGGUGAUUAGAAAACUUGAAAUCCCCAAGGCCGGGGGCUAAUUUAGUUCAGGACCCAUUUCUGUGAUUUGUUUCCACUGUGUAAUGUCAGCAUUUGAAAUGAAGGCAGGAAACUACCUGUGUUCUCCCUCAUGAGUGCACGUGAAGCUCCUGAUAAAUGUGGAUUGUGGCGAGGCCAAUGUGGACCUCUGAUGAAGGAGAGGCAGGAGCCUUCUGGUUGGGCCACAGUGUUUGGGGGACGGGGCUAUUUCUUGAGAAGAAAGGAAGCUGACACAUGGCUAAAGAGAACCCAGUACUGCAUCUCUCUAGAGCAGAGUCCUAACUGCUACCCCAGCCCCCACACUGCUCUACUUUCUGAUGGGCCUUGUGAUGGGCAACCCAAUGGUCAGGGGCAUCCAGUGCCUCACACAAAGUCCAUGUUGUGGGAAAUGCCUUUAAGAGCCAAUCCUUUGAUGCCUUCUUUGAAAAAAUAGAUUUCACAUUCAUUCCUUCAUCCCUCACAAUAUUUGUUAAGCACCCACAGAGCACCAGGCAUUAUGCCGUCAUUAAGAGAAACCACUCAUUGCGCCUAGGAUCAUCAGCAGCCAGCAAUGUUAAGAGAAGAGUGGAGUGGAUUACCAUUGACGCAGCUUUUCGUGCUUGAGUGGUUGUAGCUCAGAGAUGAUGUUGAUUGACUCUUCGCAUUCAACAAACUCUCUUUAUUCCCUUUACAACAAUGAGACCUCAUUUAGGUGAAAAUGCCAGAGUCUUGCUGGAGGAUCAUCCUUGGGAUUUAUGCCAUGGGUCCACCUUAUAUUUAUCCAUUUGUUCAUCCUCAUGCACUCGAACACAACAACCAACAACAAAAAACCCCAUGAGCUUGGGUCAUGGGUUAAGUCUGAAGGCAGAGCAUAGUCCCUGCCCACAGAAGUUUUUAAGUAUAGGAGGCUUAUAGACAAGUUACGGAAAGGGCAAGGGGGCAGAGGGGACAUAAGGAAGUAAUGAUUUAUUGUCUUCUGGACCAGAGAAACUUUCCUGAAAGAUGUGAUGAUUGAGUUAGGUUUUCAAAGAAGAAUUCUCCAGGAAGACAAAAGUGUCGGUGGGAUAUUCGUGCCGAGGGAAGAGCGUGUGCAAAGGCACGGAAGCACAAAACUCCAUGACAGGCCCACUGAGUCAUGCAGUAA